AUGAAGAAAAAUUUAAUAAGUGAAAUAUUAGAAUAUGAACAGGAUGAUAGAGGUUAUGUGUUAGAUUUUUUAAAAGACAAAACAUUUAAAAUUAUUAUGAGCAAAAAUGAAAAUAAGAAUUGCUUUGAUUGUGGCAACAAAAAUCCUAAGUGGUUAUCAUUAACUUAUGCUAUAUUUAUUUGCUUGAACUGUUCAGGUAAACAUAGACAGUUAGGAACACACAUAUCAUUUGUGCGUUCAACAGGAAUGGAUAAAUUUACUGCAAAACAGUUAGUUAGAAUAUGCUUAGGAGGUAAUUUAAAGGCAAGUGAAUUUUUAAAAAGAAAUAAAGAUAGCAUAUUAGAUUAUUCUUCAAGUAAUUCACUAAAAUAUAAAAUGUAUUUAGACAAUUUAUUAGAAGAAACUUUAAUAAAAUAUAGUAAUGAAAAUACUAAGAAUAUUGAACCUGAUAAUAAUACUAAUAAUAUAAUUAAUGUAAGUAACAAUCAACCAAAUGAUUUAAUUGAUGAUAACAGGAAAAAUGAGGAAAUUAUAAAUGAGGAAAUAGAUGAUAAUAAAAAAGAAUUUAGUAACUCUUUUUUUAGUUUUAAUAAUGUUAAAAAAGGAGAUAUGAAUAAUUUUGUGCCAACUCAUUUUAUAGAAGAAAAAAUGGUAUUUAAUAAUUGCAAUAAAAACUUUAAAGCUAAAAAAAUUGAUAUAAAUUUUGAUGAUACAAUUUUUGAAGACAAUGGAAUUAUAGAUAAUGUGUCUAGAAAAAAUAUAUUAGAAAAUAAAAACAUUGAUAAUUCAGAUAAUUUACUUAAAAUAUAUGAUAAUAAUAUAGAAAAAAAAUUCGAUGAAAAAGGAAAUGAUAAUAGAUAUAAUUAUUGUGAUAAAAACUUUAAUAAUAAUAAUAUAAUGGAAAAUAAAAAAAAUUUGAAUAUAUAUAGUAAGAGUAAUAAUAACAAUAAUAAUAAUUUAAAUGUAACUACUGAUACAAAAUUAAAUAAAUUUAAAGAUUCUAAGAGUAUCCGUUCUGAUCAAUAUUUUUAUGAUGAAAAUCAACGAAACGAAGAGGUUAUAUCAAAUGUGCCUAUAACAAAUAGCAUAUCUUCCGAUCAAUAUUUUAAUAAAAAUGUAAAUAAAAAGGGAGUAUGGAAUUUAGAUGAACAAACAUUUCAAAAUUUACAAGGUUUAAAAUUAACAGCAAGGGAAGGGUUAUCAAAUAUUGUUGCAGCUGGCAAUGAAGUUUUUUUAAAAGCUAAGGAGUGGUUUAAUAAUUAA